UCUAGGUCGAGGUCGGAGGUCUCGAGCGAUCAAAGAGGGAGAGCCAUGGCGCUCAUGGUGGAAGAAGCUCGUGGAUUGGCGCAUCUCGACGAGGUUGUCAAGGCUGGUAAAUCGGUCGUGCUCCAUUUCCGUGCGCCCUGGUGCGAGGCCUCCAAGCAAAUGGAUGUCGUCUUCGAGCAACUCUGUGCCGACACUGCUCCGCGUGCCAGAUUUCUCCGGGUUGAAGCCGAGGAGCAUCCAGAAAUAUCCGAAAAGUACAGCGUUUCUGUGGUGCCUUACUUCGUUUUUAUAAAGAACCAGGAGGUGAUCGACAAGCUGGAGGGCGCGAAUCCAGCCGAAUUGGCCACCAAAGUUGAGGCUUUGGCGGGGGAAGCUGCUCCUCCAAAGGAGAAUGGAGCGAGCAAGACGGAAAUCAAGUCCGAGGAGCCUCCUUCUUCGGUGUCCGGUGAGCUCAAGUCAAAGCUGGACAAGCUCGUUAGCUCCAAGCCCGUGAUGCUGUUCAUGAAGGGGAGCCCCGAAGAGCCUCGCUGUGGCUUCAGCCGGAAUGUGGUGAGUUUGCUCAAGGAGGAGUCCGUGGAUUUUGGGAGCUUCGACAUCUUGCAAGACGAAGAAGUCCGUCAAGGUUUGAAGCUCUACUCCAACUGGCCCACAUACCCGCAGCUGUACUACAAAGGCGAGCUUUUGGGAGGGUGUGAUGUGAUAAUGGAGAUGCACAAGAGCGGGGAGCUGGGAGAAGCUCUUGCGGACGCCAAGCUAAAGUCGCAAGAGAAUGGCAGCAAAGCUCACGCCAAUGGAUCCGACAAGGGACCGGAGGAAACUCUCGAGGAGCGUCUAAAGAAGCUUAUCCACUCGCACGACGUGAUGCUGUUCAUGAAAGGGAGUCCGUCGGAGCCAAAGUGCGGUUUCAGCAAGAAAGUGGCGGGAGCACUCGAGGAGGUGGGAGUUCCUUUUGGCUCCUUCGACAUUCUGAGCGACGAAGAGGUCCGGCAAGGCAUCAAGUCCUUCUCCAACUGGCCAACGUUUCCGCAGCUAUACUUCAAGGGCGAGCUGAUAGGUGGAUGCGACAUCGUCAUGGAAAUGCACAAGAGUGGCGAGCUCAAGGAAGCUGUGGGGGCGACAGAGGAAAAGGAAGACAUCAACAGCCGGCUGAAAAAGCUGAUUCACUCGUCCCCGACAAUGCUUUUCAUGAAAGGGACGCCGGAGGAGCCAAAGUGCGGGUUUAGCAAGAAGGUGGCAAGCGCACUCAAGGAGGAAGGCAUCGAAUUUGGCAGCUUUGAUAUUCUCAGUGACGAGGAGGUGAGGCAGGGGCUCAAGGCAUUCUCAAACUGGCCAACUUAUCCUCAGCUCUACCACAAAGGCGAGCUUAUCGGGGGCUGUGACAUUAUCAUGGAGAUGAAAGAGAAUAAGGAGCUCAAGGAAGCUCUCGCCAGCUAAAGUUCCAUCGUUUCAAGCGAAUCGAAUCCAAGCCAAGAGAAAGAAAAAUAAAACCAAGAUGUUUGUAUUCUUAUUGCUGCUACUCUUUCACUUCCACUGCAAGUGGGAGUGAAGGAACGCUUCGUGAUUAUCCAAAGCUCACUCUUUUACU